CUCCAACACACAAUCCCAUACAUAACACUUCUGGUCUGUUACUUUGCGAUGGCGACAGCUAGGCGGCCGGAUAAGCCUUCUGCGAUUCUAGAUAACCCAAUCCCUUCCUCAUCGCCUGCAUUUGGCACCCCCGUCCACCCCAUCCUUCCCCGCCAGACCGUCCCAAUACGCGCACCGCCGGCGCUGAAGCCCGUCACAAAGCAAACAGUCCUACCCAUAUUGCUCCCACCGGCAACUUUACGACCGCUUGCUUUCCGAACAUUCACCAAGAAGCACAAUCUCACUCUCACAUCUUCGGCUCUACAAGCAUUAGCAACCUUCAUUGGGAGGCAAUGCGGUUCAGGAUGGAGAGAAGAAGGUCUUGCAGAGAAAGUGCUUGAGGAGGUAGCGAAGACCUGGAAGAAGUGCAGUAGCCAGGUGAUCGUAGAGGGCGAGGGUGAGACGCUGAGGAACAUACUUAAGACGCUUGAGGGGUCUAUGAGCGGAGGGAGAAUAGCCCCUGGUUCGGGAUUGAGCAGGCAAACAAGCUUCACUUUUGCAUCUGAGCCAAGUGCGCAAAAUAUAGUGGGCUUCGGCGGGAGACCCGCACUCGAGAGCCAAGCCAGCUUCGGCAUGUCAAAUCUCGAGGCCGAGGAACAGGAAGAGGAGGAGGAUGUUUUAAAGGACCCACGAGAGUGGAUGAAGGUAGUAGGGGCAUUUGAGCAGCCAAAGCUUUUCUACAAUGUAACCCAGAAGCAUUUUGAAAAGUCUACGACAAAACCCUCCCUCUUCCCAGAUCCGUCUCACAAAACCCAUCUUUUCCGCCAACGCUAUCACGUCGUUCACCAACGGAUACUGCGCAAUGAGACGUUUCAGACUCCAACUUUCUCCGUCGCCCGCUCGUCCUCGUUGAAUCGAACAGGCUCUAUAUCUACUUCUCAAACGACUACGAUAACCCCUAUUGCCAAUUUGCUUGGAAGAAGUGGCAGUACGCAUCUUCUCUUGGGCAUGCUCACCGUCUCACCCACCGGCUCCCUAGCACUUUCGGAUCUCACUGGCACAAUAGCUCUUGAUCUCCAACACGCGCGCCCAAUUCCUGAAAAUGGAGCUUAUUUCGUGCCAGGAAUGAUCGUGCUAGUGGACGGAAGCUACGAAGAAGACUACGGCAAUCUAGCUGCGGGCUCAAAUUCCACGCUCGGAGGUAUGAGCGGUAUAGGUGGUACAGUCGGCGGAAAGUUUAUCGGCUUUUCAGUCGGCCAACCACCUUCAGAACGGCGAUCCACCACCCUCGGUGGCACUGUCGAGGAGGCCGACAAAAAUAGUCUUUCAGGUCCAGCAUUCGGAUGGACGGACUUCCUAGGCCUAGGUUCCGAGCGCGCAACUGGGUCCCGAAUGUCACGCAUUGCAUCAAAACUUCUCUCUCCAAGCUCUCUCCACAAUAUUGUUGUAGCAUCAGACCUCCACCUCGAUAUCCCCUCCACGCUCUCAUCUCUCCGCACACUACUUCGCACAUACACCCCCGACCCAGCAGACCCGCAUCCCGUCUAUCCACUCGCCAUUGUGCUGAUGGGAAAUUUCAGUUCAAAAGCCAGUUUGGCCGGUGUUCCCGGUGCGGCUAGUAUAGAGUACAAAGAGCAUUUCGACGCCCUGGCCUCUCUUCUCGCAGACUUCCCACAACUCAUCGCACACACUUCGCUUGUCUUCGUUCCGGGUGACAACGAUGCCUGGCCUAGCGCUUUCUCAGGUGGUGCCGCGGUGCCUUUACCCAGAAGACCUGUUCCUAGUUUAUUCACCAACCGAAUAAGAAGAGUCGUUGCAGAGGCGAAUAGAGAGGUCUGGGGAACCGGGAAAUCGAAAGGGAAAGAAGGGGAUGUGGUUUGGACAAGUAAUCCCUCACGUCUCAGCUGGUUCGGCGUGAAAGGUGAAAUGGCAGUGAUGCGCGAUGAUGUCCUAGGCCGGCUCCAUCGAACUAGCAUUCGGUUCUCUAAGCCGGAGAGCGGUGAUGAGGAAGAAGAUAUGCCCGACGCGACUACGGAAGAGUGUCAAGCCCACGAGACCAUGGACCUCGAUGACGCAAACCUGCCCACACAACUCAACCCGUCCCAGCACAACCAAGAGCAGCUUGAUUCCGACACGCAAAUCGCACGCUCCCUAACCCGCACGCUUCUCUCGCAAUCCCAUCUCUCGCCUUUCCCGCUGUCAGUCCGUCCACUCCAUUGGGAUUAUGGACACACCCUAAAUUUAUACCCCUUGCCGACUGCACUGGUUGUCGCAGAUAAAGACGCCCCGGCCUUUGUAGCCAAGUAUUGUGGUUGUACGGUUAUGAAUCCGGGGCCGAUUGAUGAGAGCGGGGGACGAGGGAGAAAGGAAGGCAGAGCAAGGUGGGUGGAGUUUGAGGUUAGGACUGGGGUUGGGGUUCCCUCGGGCGUGAAUAGCAUGACAGGGAGGGACUAUGCGGUCUAUAAACAAGGAGCUGAUAUCUCGGGCAUAGACUGUCUAAAUCGGGAAUACCUUGGCGGUCUGAGGGUAGAUGGGAGGAGCCUUCAGCGGCCAUGGUGCCAAACACAGGAAACCGGAGGGAUUAAUCCAAGUGCACAACUUGGUCGCUAUGGCUUUGAUUUCGGUGCGAGAGAGCGUAAACAGUGA